UUACAAAUGAAUGCUAAAUAUAAGAAUGUUUGUGCAGACGCUUGCGCGUCCCCGCUGCCCGUCAUGGCGGCCCCCGGGAACCUCCGGGGCCCGGUCCUAAAAGAUGUUGUGGCGUAUGUUGAAGUGUGGUCAGCCAAUGGGACAGAAAAUUACUCCAAGACCUUUAGGAGUCAACUCGUGGGUUUGGGGGCGAAGGUUUCAAAAACUUUUAACAAACAAGUAACUCAUGUGGUGUUCAAAGACGGGUACCAGAGCACCUGGGAAAAAGCACAGAAGAGAGGUGUGAAGCUCGUCUCAGUGCUUUGGGUUGAAAAAUUUUCUCAUCUUUGGUUUUCAGAAAUUUUGCGCAAGUGUAUGCAGCCCAAAGAUUUUAUUCCCAAGACACCAGAAAAUGAUAAAAGGCUGCAAAAGAAAUUUGAGAAAAUGGCUAAAGAGCUGCAGCAGCAGAAAACCACUCUGGGUACCAAUGUUCCUGUCCUCUUAUUUGAAUCUAAUGGCUCGUUGGUAUACAGCCCGACCGGUAAAGUCUACAGGGGCCACCACAGUGCAAUGAAGAAGAGGCUGCAGGAGAUGAAGGAGAAACGGGAAAACCUUUCCCCCACCUCCUCCCAGAUGAUUGAACAGCCUGAUGAUAACACUGUGAACUCUCUGUGUGAAGCAUCUUUGAACCUUUCACAUGAUACUUUGUGUUCAGAUAACUCUUCUGCCGGUGGUCUGCCCAUGUCUGCUGACGAUCCUUGUGGAGGCUCUGCAAGUGGGACCCGGGAGAGAAAAUGGGGCGAGUUCAUCACUGAGAGGGAAAGUGAUCUGUGCGCUGCGUCGCCGGUGUUGCAGACAGGCCGUGGCAGCCCCUCAGCAGCUCCCCGUCCCCUGGGUCUCUGGACUCCUCCCAGAUCCACCAGCAGUCCUCCCAAGGCAGAGACCCCCCAGCAGAGCCGGGCUGCAGGUGGGGUUGUCACCCCCGUCUCGAAGCCAUCGCGGCCGGCGGCCCAGGGGCUGUCUGACGGGAAGAGGCGUUUGUCUCCUGUGUCCUCUGCUACGAAAGGCCGCCCCGAGGGCCGUGCACAAGCCCUGGGCUCCUCCGUCAAGAGAAGGAAGACCCCGGAGAACUGGCCAGCCUCAGAGGAGGGGCGGAAGAGGAGGCGGUCCCUCCGGCAGCGCCCUGUAGCCUGCCUGCGGCUGUGGGAAGCUGAGAGCGGCCUGUGCUCUGUGCGGAGGCCCGCUGUCAAGAGUCUGGCCCUCGAGGAGUCCUCGUACGAUGAUUACUUUUCUCCUGACAAUCUCAAGGAGAGGGUCUCGGAGGGGCUUCUUGGGGAGCAGCUGCCCUCCAGCCCCCCUCCGCUCCAAGGCCAGAGGAGCCUUUCCAAGACCGAGAGGACCAGCCUCCUGGACAGGGCUGACCUCUCCCUCAUCGGCAGAGGCCCCAGACCCGCCGUCGGCACCUGCUCCACGGCGAAGCCCGGCCCCUGCCUGGAGAGGCCUGCGCUCUCCGGGGCAGACGCGGGGCUGGGCGGCGGGACCUCGGGGGGCAUGCCUGCUACUGACGGGACCCCCGGGCCCUGUGCCCAGGCCGAGGCCCAGGGUGGGGGCGAUGCCCGCCCCGCUGGGGGUGACGUUCUGCACGCCCCCAGGGGACUCGUCCCCCGGACGGGACCACAGGGAGACCCCAGCCCUCUGAAAGGAAGCAGGGAGGAGAGGAAAGAAUGCACAAAGAAGAGCAUGCACAAAGAAGGCCCUUCUCUCGAAACGACGGAGUCUGCUGAAGCGCACAGUGAGGGUGAACUGAACUCUGUAGGUGACUGUGCUGAGGAAGGAUCCAGAGAGGAAAGCGCCAGCCCAAGGAAGUAG